UGGUUUUUUAUUUUUUCAAUUUGUACUUGUUUUUUGCAUAUUAAAUAAAUAUAAAAUUAAUAAUUAUGACCGUGUUUAAUUAGCCGUAAGUAUGUACUCAAAAUAAUUUGACCUCACCAUCUUGACAUUUGUAGCUGCCAAGAUCUUACGCAUCUCUCGUUGGACUUUCUUAUUAAGAUUUAUUAUUAGUCCAAACCCUACUUUUUAUUUGUUCUAUGUAUUCUGCUUCUCCGCCGCAUGAUCAAUUUGUCUGAAAUUCAGGUGUUGGAGAUUUCUCUUCUGUCCGAAAAUUUUGGGACUUUUGUUUUACCGAGGUUUUUCAGUUUGGAAAUUCUGUUCCUUUCGACGUUAUCUACCCAAGCUUAUAGCAGGGUGAAGUCAUUGGUCAAAUUCCGUAGAGAGUUAUGACCUGCCUAUCUUUCUUAUGCGGUAGAAGAUCGAAUUUAUCCAAUGAGCUUACGGGAGUGGACAAUGUUACUCUUUACACUUACAAGGAGCUGAAAAUCGCGACCAAUGAUUUUAGUCCGGCGAACAAAAUCGGGGAGGGCGGAUUUGGUUCUGUCUAUAAGGGUAAACUUCGGAACGGGCAGAUGGCUGCGAUUAAGGUUCUCUCAGCUGAGUCAAGACAAGGCGUACGAGAAUUCUUGACAGAAAUUCAAAUCAUUUCAGAUAUCGAGCACGAGAAUUUAGUGAAGCUCUACGGUUGUUGUGUGGAAGCCAAUCAACGGAUUCUCGUCUACAACUACCUUGAGAACAACAGUCUCGCACGAACCCUUCUUGGUGGAGGUCACAGCAGUAUAUACUUUAGCUGGCAAACACGAGUUAAGAUUUGCAUAGGAGUUGCGAGAGGGCUUGCUUAUCUACACGAGCAAGUGGUACCGCAUAUCGUCCACCGAGAUAUCAAAGCAAGCAAUAUUCUUCUCGACAGAGAUUUGACGCCCAAAAUAUCGGAUUUCGGCCUGGCCAAACUCAUGCCUCCGAACAUGACUCAUGUCAGCACACGUGUUGCGGGAACAAUAGGUUAUUUAGCACCAGAGUACGCAAUAAGGGGCCAGCUCACACGACGAGCUGACAUUUACAGUUUCGGUGUUCUUCUGAUCGAAAUAGUCAGUGGGAGAUGCAAUACCAAUACCCGAUUACCCAUAGACGAACAAUAUAUUCUCGAAAGGACAUGGCAUCUAUACGAGAAAAACGCGCUUGUAGCACUCGUAGACACAUCUCUGAACGGAGAUUUCGACGGUGAACGGGCUUGCAGAUUCUUAAAGAUUGGUCUGCUCUGCACUCAGGACGCUCCGAAGCUUCGGCCAUCCAUGUCAAGUGUUGUCCGAAUGCUUACUGGCGAAAAAGAUAUUGACGAAGCCACAAUUACAAAACCGGGAUUAAUUUCCGAUUUCAUGGAUUUGAAGAUUAAAAACGAUCCCAAACCGAGGCACGGGAUUAAUAACAACAUGUCUUCCAAUUUCAACUCUUCGGGCUCGGAUUCUUUGGAGAAUACUACAUUGACCUCUGCUUCGUCUUCUCAGGCUACCAUGACAUUUACCGCUGUUUACGAUAAGAGCAUGUGAAAGAUUGUACGUAUAGUUAAUUAUCCGCCGUGAAUUGAGACGAUUUUUUUUUUAUAGAAACGAAAAAUAUAUAUAUGUAUAGAUAAUUUUUUGUGUGAUUUUUGGUUGGCUUGUCUAAAUUGUUUUACUGCAUCAUUUAAUAUUUAUAUAGAGAGAGAAAAAAAAAUAGUUAUGUAAAUGUAGAUCAAAUGAAUAAUGAAUUCUUAUUAAAUUUGUGUAUGUUCAAUUUUCUAUUUGCUUAUUUAAUAAACUCCCUAUAAUUCUUUUUUUCCUUA